CUCUUUGUGACUCAUCUGCCAAAUGCUACUUUCGCACUAUUCAUAUCUGCUCUAGUCGUUGUUUCUUCCUGAAGGCAUCAGCACCAUCUUCGUUGCUUCGCUGGAGGAAAUACGAGUUUCCAGCUAGCCUGAAGUCAUAUCGAACGUCAGCCCUGUCGGGCUUUCGAUACCUAAUCAUCUCCAUCGCGACUUCGAUUUCACAAUCUAGGAUUGCGGCAUUCUUAACUCGUCGGCCAUGAAGCAGCUGGAUCGGGGCUGGGAUUGGGCUAAUCGAGGCACUUCGCAUGUCGACUUUUCCAGAGAUGAAACGAUACCACUGGAGACUGGAAGAUUCUUAGGCCACGGGGUGAACGGUCUAGUCCAUGAGACUGAUUGCGAUGGCACAAAACUGGCCUGGAAGAAGAUCUACUGUCGGAAUCGAAUAACUCCGCAACACCGAAAAGAGAUUGAGAUUAUCAAGAAGCUAAAUCACCGUCACAUCAUCGAGCUUGUCGGGACGUACACCAAAGGUCCGCAUCUCGGGCUUCUCUUGUGGCCAGUUGCCAUAUGCGACCUCGCUACCUUGAUGGAAGAUGUGGACUACCUGAAAGCUGAAUCUCCCUAUCGCGCUUCACUCUUUUCGCACGUUGACGCAGAUAUUCUAAGGAGUCGGUGUCGUGCGCUUGGAUAUCUGGACAAAUUACAACAUGCACGUGCUAGGCUGAAUACUUGUCCGCCUUGUAUUGCGGCUGCAAUUCGCUAUCUCCACGACCACAACAUCAAGCAUAAGGAUCUGAAGCCUUCGAAUAUCCUAUUAUUUCCUUAUGACGGCCUUCGAAUCACAGACUUUGGCACCUCCUCGGACGUUUCUGGACUAGACAGCAGUGUUACUACCGGAGACGAGCGCGGGACCCCAAAGUACUUCGCCCCGGAGGUUGCCGAUUAUAAACCGAGUGGGCGAGCAGCAGACGUAUUUUCCCUUGGUUGCCUUUUCUACGAGAUCGUUAUGAUAGCACACACGACACAUAACUUAAUCGAGUUGAAACAGAUGCGCCCCCACCACGAUCGUUCCUUUCAGGCUAAUUUGCAUGAGAUCAUGGCUGGGUUUCGAACAAUUGAUUGCGGAGAAAACCUAGAACUGCAGCAUUUCCUGUGCUUAAUCCCGGCGAUGCUUGAAGUAGAGGUCAAUAUGCGCCCAAGAUGAAUGACGUAUGCGCCAACUUAGACAACUUCAACUCGUUCUACAAGCAAGGGGUCUAUUCUCGAUCUGAGGUUAGGCGGCAACCUCUUUCCUGUAAUCACCAUGGCAGCGAUCAUAUGGUCUGCCAUUCCCACGAAAGAACCUGUUUCCCAUUUUCGAUCGCAGUUGGCACACACUCAGUCGAACACUACUCCGGCUCUACCAAAGUAGCAAUCAACGUUCGGUCUUCAAGGGAUGAUGUUAUAAGCUCAAUCCAGUUAUAUUCGGUCAGUAAUUUCUUACUUACUUUGAGCUUUCCAUAGAAGCU